AGUUCGUCAGGGUGUGGAGUGGAGUCUUGCGCGGCUGCUGCCCAUUCGGAGUGGGAGUCAUCUGCUCUCUUGCUGUCCAAUCAGAGCAGACCACGACUGAUAGGUCUGGAUUUUGAGAGAAAGACCUUGCGAGGAAGGCAUUAACUGAGCACUGAGUCGCCCGCGGGGAUGGGAUCAAUUCAUCACUGCGCGGCAGUGGGGAGGGAAUCAACCCAGCAGCGUGCGGUCUGAUACCAGCAGAGGUUAUUCUGAAUCCUUGAUUGCGGCCCAGAGUCCCGGUGAAACAGUGACUUGGGGCGGAGGGGGGGGAAAGUAGCUUCUUCCGGACAGCCGGCAAGUGAAGAUCAACUCGGGCCGAGGUAGAGCUUCGCGCCCCGCUGCACGCUCGAGGAUUUGAAGGCUUCGGGAUGGUAGCGCCACGGGCCUGCCUGAGGAAAGUGAACUCCUACAUCCCUUUCCUGUUGGUCCUCAUCGAUCUUCAGUGUGAAGGAAUAGAAGGUGGCAUAAAUGCUGAAGUUGAAAAGCACCUUGAAAUGGGGAAGAAACUGCUGGCUGCGGGACAGUUAGCAGAUGCACUGUCUCAUUUUCAUGCUGCUGUAGAUGGGGACCCAGAUAACUAUGUUGCCUAUUAUAGGCGAGCCACAGUCUAUCUGGCUAUGGGUAAAUCAAAAUCUGCUCUCCCAGACCUGAGUAAAGUUAUUGAACUGAAACCAGACUUCACGUCUGCUAGGUUACAGAGGGGAAAUUUGCUGCUAAAACAAGGGAAAUUGGAUGAAGCAGAACACGACUUCAAGAAAGUGCUAAAAUCUAACCCCAAUGAGAAAGAAGAAAAUGAAGCAAAGUCCCAAUUAACUAAAGCAGAUGAACUACAACGGAUCAUUAUGCAGGCGCAAACUGCAUAUGAAAACCAGGAUUACAUGGCAGCAAUUGAAUUCCUAGACACUCUUAUUGAGACAUGUAUUUGGGAUUCUGAGUUGCGAGAACUCCGUGCAGAAUGCUACACACAGAUUGAUGAAAGUGGAAAAGCAAUAAGUGACUUGAAAGCAGCAUCAAAACUUAAACAUGACAACACUGAAGCAUUCUACAAAGUCAGUAUAAUCUAUUACCAACUUGGAGACCAUGAAAUGUCUCUUAGUGAAAUUCGAGAAUGCCUGAAAUUGGACCCAGAUCAUAAACUCUGUUUUGCCCAUUAUAAGCAAGUGAAAAAACUCAACAAGCAGCUGGCAACUGCAGAAGAACUGAUAAAACAAGAAAAAUACUCUGAUGCUGUCAAUAAAUAUGAAACUGCUAUGAAAACUGAGCCAAACGUUCUGCAGUAUAUCUUGUAUGCAAAAGAGAGAAUUUGUCAUUGUUUAUCAAAGAACCAACAAGGAAAAGAAGCCAUAAAAACUUGCACAGAAGUAUUGCAGCAGGAUGCCAACAAUAUAAAUGCAUUGAAGGACCGAGCAGAAGCUUACAUUUUAGAGGAGCAGUAUGAAGAAGCAAUCAAAGACUACGAAGUUGCAAGAGACCACAGUGACCAUGAUCAAGAAAUAAAGGAAGGACUGGAAAGAGCACAGAAACUUUUAAAACAGUCACAGAAAAAAGAUUACUACAAGAUAUUAGGAGUGAAAAGAAGUGCCAAAAAACGUGAGAUUAUAAAAGCAUACAGAAAGCUCGCAAUGCAGUGGCAUCCUGAUAACUUCCAGGAAGAAACUGAAAAGAAACAAGCAGAAAAAAAAUUCAUUGACAUAGCUGCUGCUAAAGAAGUGCUCACUGAUCCAGAAAUGAGGAAGAAAUUUGAUUCUGGGGAGGAUCCUCUUGAUCCAGAAAAUCAACAAGGUGGAGGUGGUCACAGUUUUCACAGAUCCUGGAACCAGUGGCAAGGAUUUAAUCCUUUUGGCUCAGGAGGACCUUUUAAUUUUAAAUUCCACUUUAACUAAGUCUUGAGUAUCAUCUACUCAUUUCUAUAAAGACUUUAUAGAACAGAAAUAUUGAAUGUGAUUCCAGAAACCCAGAUCUGAAAGUUUAAACAGUGUAACUUUGUUCAGCCAAAAAUGUUCAGAAUGUAGUAUUUUUCACUUUUGAAUGAGCUUUGAAAUAUUUUCAUUAAACCUAGAGAUGUGAUGUACACUUCUAAUAAAGCAGAUUGCCUUAAAUGUUA